AAGGGGCCAGGAGAGAGAGGCGGCUGCAGCGGCGGCAGCAGUGAGGGUGGUUUGCCUACAGGUUUCGGAGAGGGCCGUUGCUGCGGGUUUGUCCCGGAGCGACUCAGUUCUUCGUGGGUUUUUCUUUUGUUGUUGUUGUUUUUUCUCUUUACUUACAGUCGUGUAAAGUUUUAGAACUUGUAUACUCUUUUCGUUGUUUGAUUGCUUGCUAACCCCUCACACUGAAACUUUUCCGCCGCGGCACAGCGCACGGAGCGAGGACGCGGGAUGGGGAAAACGGCGUUGCUGGUUGUGCUCUGCCUCUGCGUGCGCGGGGCCGCCGGCUCGGAUCCCGCAGAAGCUGAGAUGAAUUUUGAGGGGAUUGAGAGCAAGUUUUCCUUAAGAACACCUGCAGAGCCUGAUGAGGAUGUCUGCUACCUGGUUCCUGGGCAGAUGGACAGCUUGGCACAGUGCAACUUCAACCAUACCAGUAAAACCUUUGUGGUGAUCCAUGGGUGGACGGUGACAGGAAUGUAUGAAAGCUGGGUCCCGAAGCUGGUGGAUGCUCUGUACAAGAGGGAACCUGAUUCAAAUGUUAUAGUUGUGGACUGGCUGGUUCGAGCUCAGCAGCACUACCCAGUGUCUGCUGCUUACACGAAGCUGGUGGGAAAGGAUGUUGCUAUGUUUAUUGACUGGAUGGAGGAGAAGUUCAAUUACCCUCUCAACAAUGUCCACUUGCUGGGGUACAGUCUGGGUGCUCAUGCUGCUGGGAUUGCUGGGAGUCUAACCAAGAAGAAAGUGAACAGAAUUACUGGUCUGGAUCCUGCUGGUCCCACCUUUGAGUAUGCUGACGCCCCUAUCCGCCUCUCCCCGGACGAUGCUGACUUUGUGGAUGUUCUGCACACCUACACUCGAGGCUCUCCAGAUCGCAGCAUUGGAAUUCAGAAACCUGUUGGACAUAUCGAUAUCUACCCUAAUGGUGGAGGUUUCCAGCCAGGCUGCAACUUGGGAGAAGCUCUCCGCCUGAUUGCUGAAAAAGGCUUUUCAGAUGUGGAUCAGCUGGUGAAGUGCUCUCAUGAGCGAUCCAUCCAUCUCUUUAUUGACUCGCUCCUCUAUGAAGAGAAGCCCAGCAUGGCCUAUCGCUGCAACACAAAAGAGGCCUUUGAGAAGGGCCUCUGCCUAAGCUGCCGGAAGAACCGUUGCAACAACUUGGGUUAUAAGGUCAACAGAGUGAGAACAAAGAGAAACACCAAAAUGUACUUGAAGACCCGCGCUCAGAUGCCCUACAAAGUCUUCCAUUAUCAGGUCAAGAUACAUUUCUUCGGAAAGACCAGUGUGACCAAGGUAGACCAGCCAUUCCUGAUCUCUCUGUAUGGCACUCUAGAUGAGAGUGAGAACAUUGCUUUCACACUGCCUGAAGUCUCUUCCAACAAGACCUUCUCCUUCUUGAUCUACACCGAAGUGGACAUUGGUGACCUGCUUAUGCUAAAGCUGCAGUGGGAGAAAGAUACCUUCUUCAGCUGGUCAGACUGGUGGACUCCAUUUGCAUUUACCAUCCAGAGAGUCAGAGUGAAGUCAGGCGAAACUCAAAAAAAGGUGGUAUUCUGUUCUCGAGAUGGCAGCUCACGUCUUGGUAAAGGAGAAGAGGCAGCAAUAUUUGUGAAGUGCCUUGAGCAGCCCGUCAGCAGGAAGAGGGGAGGUGCCAAGAAAGCCUCUAAAGAAAAUUCUGCACAUGAGUCUGCUUAAAAAGUGGCAAGAAUGAGAAUUUCCACACUGGGGAGGAGGAGGGAGCCUGUUCAUCACUGUGAAGUGGAUGUUCAGAUCUGAAUAUAUAGAAAUAUUUAUCUGCUGCUGGCUUUUUUGACUGCUAUAUCUAGCUAUAUUAGGAGGCUUCUUGUAAGGAAGUCUCAGCGUACAAAGUUACUAACCAUAAAGUUACGUUAUCUGAAUAGUUAAAAACAAAGAAAACCCCUGCAACAACUUGCCAAAGGCUUGAGUGUUAGGAAGGAAUAAGUAAUUUUGCUUAAUUGUGGUGCCUUGUGACAGUUUCUUGAUGUCAGCUCCUUUUUAUCAGUUUUGUAGUAUUUAUUGAAAAGACACAAAGCUUCUGUACCUGGUCUCUUUUUAGCGUUCUUUGUUUCCAAUAUUUUUAAAGAAAUCUCCUGGAACUGCAGAUCUUUUUUCUUUUUUUUUUCUGUUUUUUUUGUUACUGUUGUUGUUCUCCUGGCCUUGCUAACUGAAUUUUCAGACAGUUCAGCGGCUAGAAUUCAUUGUCUUCAAGUGUGUGUUUGGCAAGUGAGUAGUUUUCUCAUGGAAAAAAUGCCCUUGUGUGUAAAGCUAUAAAGAGAUGUCAGGGACUGGUUCAAUAUGGGGAUGAAUCUUUUGGGUUGUGGUUAUGAAUGUGGUUUACUGGGUGUAGAUGCCAAUGCUUUUUAGCAAUAAUUAUAGUCUGUUAAGAUAUGUAAUCCCAUGCAGUUUAUCCUGGAAUAAAUAGCAAUAGGAGAAGACAGCAACACCAGUGUCCUCUGCAGACAUUCAACUUUUCAUUCAUGCUUUCAUCCCUCAAGAAUGGAGUCAUCUAACUUCCAUCACUAAAAAACAGCAAUGGAAUUAAGCUACAAAGAAAUGCAGAGAAUGGAUAUAUAUAUAUAUAUAUAUAUAUAUAUAUAUAUAUAUAUUUACUUCCAUCCGAGAUACCAAAACUAAGAGCAUCAGUGCUGUUUAAAGCUGAAUGUCAGUCACUCAGCAGAGUGGCAGCAGUAUCCAGUCUCUGGUGCAACUGAAACCAGUUGACAGGUGACAAAUAUACUCCUGCUUCCCUGUGCUGGAAUUGUGACUUCCAGUGACCAGCCUCUGUGCUUGGCUGUGAUAGAAUGGUACAUACUAGGAGUUGCUUGGUUUUCUGAUCCGAGGUGGAAUUCAGCAGGGAGCAGGAGCUGUGACACUUAAAGGAGCCUGAUUUUGUGAUGCACAAAAAUGAAUGCUCUGAAAAACACUUAAAUUAGAUAUGCUGUGAGUCGCCAAAAAUAGAUGUAUUGAAGGCUUUUUGUUUUUCCUUUCUUUAAGUAAUGCAAAGCUUUUCUUAGCUUGGAAAAAAAAAAAAACAAAACAACAA